UGGUCAAUUUGUUUCUUGAACCUCUUUCCCAUUUGUUCCUGAAGCCGUCAAGCACCGCCCCCUUCUCUCCUCGAGUCAGGACAACAAGCAGCGAGUGAUUUUCACAACGGAGGCAGGAAUGCUGCUGAGCGGAUGUGAACUCUGAGUCUAGUCCAUGUUUCUGUGUUUACUCAUGUCGCGGCUGACUUGUCCGGACUCCAACAUUUCCCCCGAGUCCGCCUCGUUGUCAUUCAGGACCGUAUGUUGAGGACGCCGAGCGGAGGAACGACACUUCAGCCCUGGACCGGAGGAGGAGCCGCCGCUAACAGCUAACAGCGACUCCCAGCUGUGGUGGAGCCAACACUUCAGUCACUAACACAGAAACACCGGCGGAACCGAGGAUCGUCUGGCCGAGGACAGCCUCGUCAACCCCGGCGUCGAGAAGAAGGUACAUCCAGUUGUCCUGGUGCAAAGAAAACGCCUGUGACCACGGCGACGCUGACCGACACUGUCACACCAGAACAGAGAGGGAAAACAAAAGCAGCGUCCAGCCUCCAUCCAGUUUUUUGAGGAUGAAUCACCUAUCCAUCAGUGAGCUAUGCUGCCUGUUCUGCUGUCCACCAUGCCCCAGUAAGAUUGCCUCCAAGCUGGCCUUCCUGCCCCCAGAGCCCACCUACAGCCUCAUGUGCGACGAGAGCGGCGGCCGAUGGACGCUGCAUCUCUCUGAGCGCGCAGACUGGCAGUACUCGGCUCGUGAGAAGGACGCCAUCGAGUGUUUCAUGACGCGCACCUCGAGAGGGAAUCGCAUUGCCUGUAUGUUUGUCCGCUGCUCUCCCAGCGCCCAGUACACUCUAUUAUUCUCCCACGGAAACGCAGUGGACUUGGGCCAGAUGAGCAGCUUCUACAUCGGCCUUGGCUCGCGGAUCAACUGCAACGUCUUCUCGUACGACUACUCAGGUUACGGGGCCAGUUCUGGGAAGCCCUCAGAAAAGAACCUGUAUGCUGAUGUAGAUGCCGCCUGGCAAGCCCUCCGGUCAAGGUAUGGCAUCCGUCCAGAGAGCGUCAUCGUGUACGGCCAGAGCAUUGGCACUGUGCCCUCAGUGGACCUGGCAUCUCGCUAUGAAAGUGCCGCAGUUGUCCUCCACUCCCCACUCACUUCAGGCAUGAGAGUGGCCUUCCCCGACACCAAGAAAACCUACUGCUUUGACGCCUUCCCAAACAUCGACAAGAUUUCCAAGGUAACGUCACCGGUGCUGGUGAUCCACGGCACAGAGGACGAGGUCAUCGACUUCUCCCACGGCCUGGCGCUGUAUGAACGCUGUCAGCGCCCCGUGGAGCCGCUCUGGGUGGAGGGGGCCGGACACAACGAUGUGGAGCUCUACGGACAGUACCUGGAGAGACUCAAACAGUUUGUCGCACACGAGCUCGUCAACUUGUAGAGGAACUGAGGAUGAGGGAGGAGAGGAAAGAAGAGAAGAAAGCGGUAGUUUCUAGGAAAGGUUGGAUGAUGGACAAGGAGUUAGAAGGAGAAGAACUUUUUUUUCCCGUGAAGUGGCGCAGGUAGAAGUGUUGAUCGUCUUUGUAGUUCUGACUGUUUGAUGGCUGACCUCUCUUAUCAAACAACUCCCCCGCAGACUGAGGACCUGUCGGUACCGUCCAUUCCACACGCCUCAGCUGUGAACUUACAACUACACAUAAUUUAGUUCUUGCUUCUUUUUUUUUUUUUUAUCAUGUUUAAAGUUGCACAUCAUGACAAUGUGUGAAUGAAAGAGGAAGCAGACAUGUGCACAGACAACAUACCAUGUGUAUAUGCAAUAUUGUAUGUGUGUGGGGGGGGUUGUGUGUGUGUGUGUCUCACAUUCUUGCUGCCUUUUCGAGAAGGACGUGGUCCACAGUUGUUGCUGGGGACUUCUGGUCGUCUUCUGAGGCUGUUAACGUUCUGAGUAAUGGCCUUGCUUCAAGCUGGACUGGACCAGAAUAAACACGCCACCUGUCUGACCCCUGAGGUCGGGUCCUAAACAGUGCAGUCGCCAUGUUUGUUUUUGUUGGUUCUUUAUUACCGUUUGUUAUAUAUUUUUUAUAAUACUCACGAUAUUUGCACGUAUCAGCUGUCACUGAAGAACUGUACCAGUCAAACUGACACACUACCUAGCUGUGCCAGUGUUGCCAAAUCUUAAGUAUAAUAUAUUGCAGAGACUCACAAAGACGCGUACAUUCUGAAAACCAAGUUUAGAAAUAUCUCCAAAGCUCCUUUAGCCGUCUUCAGUCUCUGCCUCUUUCUUUAGUCCCAGAAUGAUACAAUGUCGUCAACAGUGAUGCAAAGCUCAGUCAGUUAAGAGGCUGUAAAUCAUUGACCAAUAAAGAGUUGGUUAUUUCCUCA